UCCCUACGGUGCGGCAGCGACGGCUCUUACCGCCACAGGAUCCUAAGCCGGGGCUAUUCCCGCCUUCACUCUGAGGCAAAAAGACGCUAACCGCCGUCCGGGCGGACCCACGAGCCACGUGACGAGCCCGGGUCAUGUGACUCCGAGCCAGGAGGCUGACGUCUGUUACCCAGACAACUGCUGGGCCCCCAGCAGACUUCCCGGCAAAGCGCGGAAUUCGGAGGCGAAGUGUUCCAAUGUUGAAAUACUUUGGAAUGUUUAUCUUGGCAAGUGAAAAUUAUUGAUUAUGGCUCACUAUUCCAAAGAAGAACUGGAUAAAGAGUUUGAACAGUUCAUGAAAGAGCUUUCAGAUGAUUCUUUUGAAAAUUCAAACAAAACACCUAGACAACCUAAAAGAGAAGUGAAAAAGAAAGACACACUGCCAUGGUGGAUAACAGAAGGUGAUUUCGAAGAUGGUGGACGGCUUGGAACAAAUGUAAGCUAUCUGAAAACAAAGGUGACUUCUCAGCCUAUUAUGGAAAUAGAAGAGGAGUCUGCUGAGAGGAUUCAGUUUCUCAAGAGCAGUGGGACCUCUAUCCUAAGUAUUGACAGCUUAGAAACAAAUGAAAGAGUAGUUUCUGAGCUCAAUCAUAGUGUUCUCGGAUUGGGACUGGACACAUUCGAAGAAAAAGAAGAAAAAGAGCAAUUUUUUGCCAGACUUGAGAAAGGGUUAACAUCUUCCAUUGAUUAUUCAAGAUUAAAUAAGGAAUUGGAUUCUAAUGACUCCACACAUUUUAAAGCUUUACAUAGUAAUCAAGCUAAUAUAGAACUAACUGAAGAUAAACAUGAGAAUGAGUCAAAACUUGAACUGGCAGAAAAUUACAGUGAUGAUUUUGAAGAUGAGGAGGAUAUUGAUGGACCUUUGACUACUAAAGAUGAAGAGACAAAUUCCAAAGAAAAUUCCAAAUCAGAAAAAAUAAGUGCACCCAAACAGGAAGAAGAGAAAACUGGCAUGCUGGCCAAUGUGGUGCUGCUUGAUUCAUUCGAUUCUGUUGCAGAGGUCAACCUUGAUGAACAAGAUAAAGCAACUACUAUGCCAAAGGUUCUGCCCGAAAUAACUGACAAUGAAAUGACAGGAACAGGUGUUUCUUAUGGACAAAGCAAUAGUGAUAUUGAAGCUCUUCAUCAGGCUUAUUGUCAUAUAGCCCAUUCCUUGGGAAAUUCUGAUGAACAAAGAAUUGAGAUUGCCGCCAUGGAAAAUGUCAAGAACUCAGAGAAAGGUCAUCCUCAAGAAAGUGAAGAGUCCUCCAAAAACAUUUCUACUACGGAAUCUGAUCUGCCCACAGUAGAGGAGCUGAUGAAAACUAUCAAAAUAGAUUCCUUUGGGAUCAGUGGUUUGGAUUUACAACCUAUAAGCUAUAAAAAACAGGCUGACAGUAAAGAAACUGAAGUCAUAAGUCCCUUACCCUUUAAGAUGAAGCCAAAUGUGUCUCAAGAGCCACAAAAUGUGAACCAAUUAUUUAACAAAAAUGAAGAGAAUGUGGUUUUACAAAAGACAACAAAUGAAAGUAUAGAAAAUUGCUGCCCAAGAGUAAAUACUACAGAAGAAUGUAUAGAUAAAAUGUACCUUGACAUUUUGCGGAAAAAAAUAUCUGUUGCUCCUUCAGUGUUACCUCAGGAAGACAAAAUAAAGAAAACUUUUAGACCUCAACUCAGUUCUGGAGAAGGGGCUGUAAUUGGUAAAGAGGUACCAUACAAGAAGGCCAGAAGUGCACCUCCUUUAGCUAAAAGAAAACCCCAGAGUGGUGUAUACGCGUCAGUUAGGAGCUCGGGCUAUGGAAAACCCAGUUCACCAUGCAAGACUUCUACUCUUGAAAAGAAAACUUCAAAGGACAUGAUGAAAAGCAAAAACUUGAGAUCCAUGCUCACCUCAAAUCAAGCCAGGAAAAAAGAAAUCUUAUCUGAAACAAAACUCAAGCCUGCUGCAUUGGGUAAACCAGCUCCCAAAACUGAAAGUUGCCUGGCUACUCCUAAGAAGUCUGAAGACGCUACAGAAACUGGUUCCUGUAUUCAUUUUCAAAAUGAUUCUUCAGGAUACCGUGAUGGGAACAUGGAUACAGAAUUAAUUUUGUUUAAAAGAGUUCAAGAAGCAGAGGAAAAAUGGAGGGGUGCACAAGCCGUAAUUGAGCAAAUUAAAGUCACAUUCUCAGAAAAAGAGAGAGAGUUAGAAAAUAAGAUGGAAGAACUAAAAAGGCAACAGGAAAAGGAACUCUUCAAAUUGAGUCAGGACAAUUAUAUUCUUCAAACCAAGGUAAACAGCUUUGGAGAAACAAACAAAAAACAAAGGUGGUUACAUGUUGGAGAAACAACUGAUCCUGUCACUGAAGAAAAAUUGAAGCAAAUCCAAAAAGAAAUACAAGAACAAGAGACACUUCUUCAAGGAUACCAACAGGAAAAUGAAAGAUUGUAUAAUCAAGUGAAAGAUCUCCAAGAACAAAACAAGAAAAAUGAGGAACGAAUGUUCAAGGAAAACCAGAGUUUAUUCAGUGAGUUAGCUUCCUUAAAAGAACAGAUGCAAAGAAAUCGUUUCCUGUCUCAGGUAGUUGAAGAUUCAGAGCCCACCAGAAACCAGAAUUUUACAGAUCUGUUAACAGAACUACGAGUGGCACAGAAAGAAAAAAACAGUUUAUUGGAAGACAUCAAAAGACUGAAACAAGACAAACAAGCUCUUGAAGUAGACUUGGAAAAAAUGAAGAAAGACAGAGACCAUGCCAGAGAUCAGGUUGCUUAUGUCACAGGUGAAAAAUUAUAUGAAAUAAAAAUUUUAGAAGAAACACAUAAACAAGAAAUUAGUCGUUUGCAAAAAAGAAUACAGUGGUAUGCAGAAAAUCAGGAACUUCUGGAUAAAGAUGCAGUUCGACUUAAAGAAGCAAAUGAAGAAAUUGAGAGGCUCAAACUUGAGGCUGAGAAACUGAAAGCUGAAUUUGGAAAUCCAUCUCUUCAGAGGAAGACACAUUUAAAAGAUAAAGCAGCUGAUGCCAAAAAAAUUCAGGACCUAGAGCGACAAGUUAAGGAAAUGGAAGGAAUUCUAAAGAGAAGAUAUCCUAAUUCUUUACCUGCUUUAAUAUUGGCUGCAUCAGCAGCCGGUGAUACAGUAGAUAGAAACACAGUGGAAUUUAUGGAAAAAAGAAUUAAAAAACUAGAAGCCGAUCUGGAGGGCAAAGAUGAAGAAGCAAAGAGAAGCCUUCGUACCAUGGAACAAGAGUUUCAGAAAAUGAAGAUUCAGUAUGAACAGAGACUAGAGGAACAGGAGCAGCUGCUUGCUCACAAAUUGAAGGCAGCAUCCCAGAACCAACAUGACAACUCCAGGGUUAAAGCACUGGAGAAAGAACUUCACGACAUUAAGGAAGCCCAUGAAAUCACUGUAAGAAACCUUGAAGCUGAAAUAGACACAUUUAAACAACAGAAUGCUGAGUUAGAACUCAAGAAAAAUAGAGAUGAUAAUGAUUUCCAGUCUAUCGAAUUCCAGGUGGAACAGGCUCAUGCUAAAGCUAAACUGGCAAGACUCAAUGAGGAGCUGGCGGCAAAGGGGAGAGAAAUACAAGACCUUUCGAAAACUGUGGAGAAGCUUCAGAAGGAGAGAAGAAUGAUGCUAUCCAGUCAGCACUCCAAGGGGAGGGAGGAAAUGACUGCAAAAAGGGUAAAGAAGGAGGUUUCGCACGCAGGUAAAGGAAGUGCCAACUCCUUCCCUGGAACCCUGGAUGGCAAGCUUUACCAGCCACAUACCUUCACUGAUUCCCACAUUUCAGAGGUUUUGCAAGAAAACUGCAGAUUGAAAAAUGAACUGGAGAAAGUAAUUGUGGAGAGGAAUGAGUUGAAGAUGAAAUCUGACAUAGCUAUGAACCAGUUUGAGAAUUCCAUGAAAAGGGUCAAGGAAGACACUGCAGCACACAUCACAUCUCUCAAAGCAUCUCAUCAGAGGGAAAUAGAGAAACUCCUUUGCCAAAACGCAGUAGAAAAUUCCUCUUCCAAAGUAGCUGAAUUAAAUCGUAAAAUAGCAACUCAAGAGGUACUUAUAAAACAUUUCCAAAAUCAAGUUAAUGAGCUACAAGAUAAACAAGAAUCUCUUAUAGUUUCUCAAGUUCGAGAAGAAAUCCUACAGAAAGAGAUUACAAAACUCUUAGAAGAAUUGAGAGAGGCCAAAGAAAACCAUACACCAGAGAUGAAACAUUUCAUGGGCUUAGAAAAGAAAAUUAAACAGAUGGAAAUGAGACAUAAACAAAGAGAGCAAGAACUUCAACAGAUAAUACAGCAGACACACCAAGUAGUAGAAACUGAGCAAAACAAAGAAAUUGAGAAAUGGAAAAGACUCGCACAGUUGAAGAAUCGUGAGCUGGACAAGUUCCGCACAGAAUUAGACUCGAUAUUGGAUGUUCUCCGAGAGCUGCAGCGGCAGGGGGUGGUUGUGCCCGUUGCCUUUGAGGAGGAAGUGAAUGCUCCACAGUAUUAGCUAGAACUUCAGACGUCAAGGGACCUCCCGGAAGGGCCUGAUGCGUGGUGGCUGGGAUCGGGCCUCGUCAGAGAAGGCUGUUGAAAACAAGUGUUCCAGGAUGUUCCCAGGAAACAACACAAAAGCAACAUUUCAAAAUAAAUUGCUCUUAACCAAUAAGAAAAAAAAA